UCCAGUUCUCAAUCGCAGCAACAGCUUCCGCGUUCAAACGGUAAAAUGGCGUCUAUACUUCAGACGUUUGUCUUCGCACUUGCCGGUUUUGCAAUUGUAGAAUGUGGCAAACCAUCGCUCACCGAUCCUCUUGGUUUGCUAGAAGAAACAGAGUUCGUUGGCAAAGGGCAGAACUACGUAAGUGGUUCAGUAUGGCCUAAACCGCAAAGAGAAAGUCGCUCUGACAAGUAUUUUGCUGUGGAUCCUGCAAAGUUUAAGUUUUCGGUUGCUGGACAACAAAGCUCUGUUUUGUCCUUAGCAAUGGCAAGAUACAUGCCUCUUACUUUCCCUGAUACCAAGGUUUCUACAGAAUGGAAGAUGGAACAAGUAGAAACCCUCCAAAUAAAAGUUAGCAAUGAGUACGCUCCAAUGGAGCUGUCAACAGACGAAUCAUAUGAAUUGGAUAUCCAGUCACCAAAUUCAAUGCUGACAGCUACAACUGUUUGGGGAGCACUGAGAGGACUUGAAACUUUUAGUCAAGUUGUUCAUCAGAAUGAGAGUGGAUCAUACUUUGUUCAGAUGAAUCAGAUUGUCGACUUUCCACGAUUUCACCACAGGGGAUUUCUCAUUGAUACCUCAAGGCAUUUUAUUGCAUUGCCAAUCAUCCUGAAGUUUGUGGAUGCAAUGGCUUACAGUAAAUUCAAUGUUCUUCACUGGCAUAUUGUUGACAACCAAGCCUUCCCAUAUGUCAGUAAAACCUUUCCAACGCUUCAUAGCCAAGGUGCAUGGAACAAUAAGACCCAUAUAUACACGCCAGAUGAUGUUCAAACUGUUAUCCAGUACGCUGCAAACAGAGGAAUCCGUGUUAUGCCUGAAUUUGAUACUCCGGGCCACACUCGUUCCUGGUACAGCAUUCCUAAUUUGCUCACAAAAUGUUACAGUGGCUCCAAGCCUGACGGAAGUCUUGGACCAAUAGACCCAACAAUUGAUGCGAAUUAUGAUUUUCUCAAGUCCUUUUUCACCGAAAUUUCAGAAGUUUUCCCGGAUUAUUAUAUGCAUCUUGGAGGGGAUGAAGUAUCAUUCUAUUGCUGGCAGACGAACCCAAUCAUAAAGAAAUGGAUGGAUGAACAUGGUGUCCAAAAUUAUUCUGCCCUUGAGCAGUACUAUGAGCAAAAGUUGAUUGACAUAAUCAAUGGACUUAAGAAAGGAUACGUUAUCUGGCAAGAAGUUAUCGAUAACGGCGUUAAGGUAAAGCAAGACACCAUAGUAAAUGUAUGGAAAGGAGGCUGGCAAAACGAGAUGGCCAAAGUUACAGCACAGGGUUACAGAGCGAUCUUGUCGUCCUGCUGGUAUCUGAACUAUAUUUCAUACGGUCCUGACUGGCCAAAUUAUUAUAAAUGUGACCCUCAAGAUUUCACUGGUACAAAGGAGCAGAAGGAUCUUGUCAUUGGUGGAACCGGUUGUAUGUGGGGUGAAUGGGUGGAUGGAACAAACUUGCUGUCAAGAACAUGGGGCAGAGCUUUAGCAGUGGGUGAAAGAUUGUGGAGUAGCAAAGAGACAAAUGAUGCCAAAGAGGCAGAAGGCAGAAUUUGGGAGCAUCGAUGCAGAUACCUCAGGAGAGGAAUCCAAGCCGAAAACGUGGUGCAGAGUCAAUACUGCCUUCAUGAAUGGAGAAACCCACGUGGGUGAAACAACCCUGGUUCUGGCGUCGAUAUCUGGCAAUUUAUGAUACUGUACUAAAUACUUGAUGAUGUCUUCUGUUCUAUUCCAGUCUAUAAACUGGUAUUGCCUUUAUGCUAACCAAAAUAUUUAACGUUGUGCAAUUGAUUGGCUUUGAAAAGAUGUAUGUUGCAAGGGAUGGACUUGACAACGUCCCCAGUUUCCCUUAGUAGCAAAUAUGAAUGAUGUAAUUUUUAAUUUAAUUUUUGAUACUCGUUGCUUUACGGCAUCUUGAUGUAAAUUUUUAUCUCCAAUAACCAAAAGCGUGUUGAACUCUUUACUUUUUGUAUUCUAGUUGCCUCUUCUUAAAGACGGCAACUCUACUUUUCAUUUCCUUGUGAGUAUUGCUUGCAAAA